AUGGCAUCGGUGAAGAAAAGAUCGCCUUUAUGGGAAUACUUUGACAUAAGCAGUGAAAAUAAAAAGUUAGCUCUUUGUUUAUUAUGCAAUGUUAAUAUUUCUCGUGGCGGCGAAGGGAAAAAAGCAGGUACUUCUGCUAUGAAAAAUCAUUUAAAAUCAAAACAUCCAGAUGAAUUUAGUGCUUUAAAUAAAGACAAGAACGCUGUUGAGCCUACUACAGUUUCUAUAGCCAUUGCGGGGACAAGUUCAUCUUCAGUAGCAAAAAAGCAAUUGACUAUGACAGAAUCUUACGAAAGGAAAUUGCUCUGGGAUAUAAAUGAUACUAAAGCGAGAAAGUACCAUUAUUUAGUAGCUGAAAUGAUUGCACUCGACAACGAGCCAUUGUCCAUAGUGGAAAGAACCGGUUUUACCAGGCUCUUAGAACAAGCUUUACCCCGCUAUAAACUGCCAAGCCGGACUUAUAUUACCCAAAAAAUCGUUCCUGAUAUGUAUGACAGAAUUUACGAGAAAAUCAAACGUAACAUUUCGAGUGCCUUCGCUAUUUCAGUGACAUCUGACAUAUGGACUUGCUUACACAAUAAUGCUAGCUUUCUGAGUUUUACAGCUCAUUGGAUAUCAUCUGAAUUUAAACUAGAACACGGAGUUCUGGCAAUGAAGCCUUUCUCAGGUUCACACACAGGAGAAAAUAUAGCAAUGGAACUCAACAAUGUCGCAAACCGCUGGGAUAUUGAGCACACUAAAAUACAUUUGUUCAUUCAUGAUAGUGGUGCUAAUAUGGUGAAGGGUGUUCGUUUGGCUAAAUACGAUUCUGCUAGAUGUUUUAUACAUACGCUUCAAAGAGCCAUAAACGAGUCGCUCAAAGUCCAGACUGAAGUAACAGCAACAAUUGCUGCUGGAAGGCGACUUGUGACGCACUUCAAUCACUCAGGUCUAGCUCAAGAAAAACUGCUGAGGAUCCAGAAAGAGCUAAGUUUACCCGAGCAUCAGUUAGUGCAAGAUAUUAGCACUAGGUGGAAUUCCACUUUUUACAUGAUUGAGCGUUUGUUAGAACAGAAGCGGGCCAUAUCAUUGUAUGUUGCUGAUCACGAUACGCUCAUAAAUUUGACAGCUCAACAGUGGAGUUUGAUGGAGCAGUGUAUCAAUUUAUUAAAGCCCUUCGAAGAAAUUACUAAAAUAACAAGUUCUGGACUAUCAUGCGUGUCGGAAGUUAUACCACACGUUACUGCUUUAAAAAAAUACUUAGAUAAAACUGAAACUGAGCAAAGAACUCCUGAUUUAUCACAUAUGCGAGCCUCGUUAAAAGCUGAGUUAGAAACUCGUUUUACCUCCAUAAGUCAAGACUCAAACUACUUGAUUGCAACUUAUCUAGACCCUAGAUUCAAAACAAACUACUUGGGAGUGAUUGAAGCUGCAAAAGCACGCCAGGAGAUCUUAUUGGAAUAUUUGAAAAUGUCUUGUGAAGAGUCUUCAAGUAGCAGUUCAUCUUCAACACCGGCUAAAAAGAGUAGAGGAGAGGAGACAGAGCCAGCUGUAUCUUGUAAAGCUCAUGACACAUUUUGGGACUGCUUUGAUGAAGUAGCAAAUGAAAACAACACUGACCAAGUGCAACGUGAAGAAAGAAAUGCGAUAACCUGUGAGCUGGAUUUUUAUCUCAAAGCAGCUUUACAAUAG